UCUGCCUUGUGGUUCCUCUCUAUAUAUAGAAGCAUCUUUGCCAGCAGGUUAUGGACACAAUACUUAGCCGAUUCUUAAUUAUUUCCAUCCAUCGAUCUCUUCUUUUCUUCCCGAAUUAAUCAGCUGAGCUAGAGGUCGAUCGACAUCGACAUGGCCGGCGCUGCACAGGGCAAGCAGAGUAGAGAGGCCCAUGGUAACAACGAUAUCGGCGUCGCCAAGGACUACCUCGACCCUCCGGCGGUGCGGCUGUUCGACGCCAGCGAGCUUGGCCAGUGGUCCCUGUACCGCGCCAUCAUCGCCGAGUUCAUGGCCAGUCUGCUCUUCGUCUACGUCUCCGUCGCCACCGUGAUCGGCCACAAGCGGCAGACGGACGCGGAAGCGUGCAGCGGCGCCGGCGUGCUGGGCAUCGCGUGGGCCUUCGGCGGCAUGAUCGCCGUCCUCGUCUACUGCACCGCCGGCAUCUCCGGUGGCCACGUCAACCCCGCCGUGACGUUCGGGCUGCUGCUGGCGAGGAAGCUGUCGCUCCCCCGCGCCUUCCUCUACACGUCGGCGCAGUGCCUCGGCGCCAUCUGCGGCGCGGCGAUGGUCAGGGCCGUGCACGGCGCGCGGUACUACGAGCUCUACGGCGGCGGCGCCAACGAGGUCGCGCCGGGGUACUCCAAGGCGGGGGGGCUGCUGGCCGAGGCGGCCGGCACCUUCGUCCUCGUGUACACCGUGUUCUCGGCCACCGACCCGAAGCGCAUGGCGCGGGACACCCACGUGCCGGUGCUGGCGCCGCUGCUCAUCGGGUUCGCGGUGGUGGUGGCGCACCUGGCCACCAUCCCCGUCACCGGCACCGGGAUCAACCCGGCGAGGAGCCUGGGUGCCGCCGUGGUGUACAACAACAGCAAGGCGUGGAGCGAGCAGUGGAUCUUCUGGGUCGGGCCGUUCUCCGGCGCCGCCGUGGCCAUGGCGUACCACCAGUACAUCCUCAGGGGCGGUGCCGCCGCCAAGCCACACUUCAACUUCGACAAUGGAUUCCGACGCCUCGGCUGUUGAUGGAGCCACACACACCAAGAGGUGAUGGUAAUCAAUCUGAGAGAGCUCUGGCGAUGUAAGAAACGACACCAGUACUGCUUUUCUGGUUGAUAAUGUCUUUUUUGACACGCUGUAAAAUGUAAAUUUAAUAAAUAUUAUCACGAGGAUCAUAACUCAAUCUGAGAGGGCUCUGACGAUGUAAGAAACGACACCAGAGACUAGGGAUCCUGUCCUUGGAAAUGUAGGCAUUCAUGCAAAUUCAGAUGGUACUCCAUGUGACCAUGUCACGAGGAUCAUAACUCCAUGAAAAAAGGCAUAGACAAGUGGUUCUUCUUA